AGACAGCCCACAGCUCCUCGAGUACAUGCCCAUAUUUUGAAACUAUUUCAUUACCACCCCGCCCGUUUCGUCAACGCUUCCUCCAUGUGAGGCACGGGACCUGUGUGCUCCGCUGGAUUGGUCCAUCACUACAUCGGUUAUCAGUCUGUUACAGUCUCUUCGCUCCUUAAGCAGCUAAGCUAGCCGUCGCAGCACAGACGCUGCUCACACCACCGCAGCUGAAAGGGAGAAGGGACCCCAUAACUGUGACUCGUAGGCCCAAGAAACACGUUAAGGAACCAUUCUCCCUGCGGUUCCCAUCUGAUGGAGCGGUGGUCGUCAGUCUUUGCGAAAAGGCACCAUGUUUCCUUGUCACGUCACCCCCUGGCCCUCUGCUGAGUCAGCGGCCUCCUGCAGCAGUCAUGCACCCCCAGCGCAGUCCUCGCAACCCCUUCCUGACCUGCUGUGCAGCUGUCCUGCUCCACCUUUGAAUACCCACUCUGAGACACCCUCCCCGGACCCCAUGGAGUCCGUCAUUGUGGUCACAGAGUACGAACCCAGCAGACCACCUGGAGAGGCUGGGGAGGAGGAGGAGGUGGAAGAAAUGGACAGUUCUGAGACACCUGAACCAGCUUCCUCUGUGGCGGCACCUUUCCCCACUCCAUCCUGCGACCUGCUGUCCCAUACAGUUUGCCGCUCAGAGGCUCUGCUACCCGAAAGCCAAGAGCAUAGGGGAAGAUUAAACCUGUCAGACAGGAAACUAUCUCUGCAGGAGCGUUCGCAUAGUGCAGCAUCGCCCUGCAGCUCUCCGGGACUCAACGGGCGCUAUAUUUACCCAUCAUUACCCUACUCACCCAUCACAUCACCUCACUCCUCUCCACGCUUGCCCCGUCGACCCACUGUGGAGUCCCACAGUGUUUCCAUCACAGACCUCCAGGACUGUGUUCAACUCAACCAGUAUAAGCUGAAAGACGAGAUUGGAAAGGGAUCCUAUGGUGUUGUCAAGCUGGCUUACAAUGAGGAUGACAACACAUACUAUGCGAUGAAGGUGUUGUCCAAGAAGAGGCUGAUGAGGCAGGCAGGUUUCCCACGGAGACCUCCACCUCGUGGAGCCAAAGCAGCCCCUGAGGGUCCCCCUCAUCCUAAAGGACCCCUGGAGCGGGUCUAUCAAGAGAUUGCCAUCCUAAAAAAGCUGGACCAUCCCAAUGUAGUAAAACUAGUAGAAGUUUUGGAUGACCCCAGCGAAGACCAUCUGUACAUGGUAUUUGAGCUCGUCAAGCAGGGGGCUGUGAUGGAGGUGCCGACAGAUAAACCUUUGAGUGAGGACCAGGCACGCUUUUACUUCCAGGAUCUGCUCAGGGGAAUCGAGUAUUUACAUUACCAGAGGAUCAUCCACAGAGACAUCAAGCCCUCUAACCUCUUGGUGGGAGAAGAUGGACACAUCAAGAUAGCAGACUUUGGAGUCAGUAACCAGUUUGAGGGAGCUGAUGCCCUCCUGACAAGCACUGUGGGAACACCUGCUUUCCUUGCCCCUGAAGCGCUCUCCGAGACCAGGAAGAACUUCUCUGGAAAGGCUUUGGAUGUUUGGGCCAUGGGAGUGACGCUUUAUUGCUUCGUCUUUGGAGUGUGUCCAUUUAUGGAUGAGCGCAUCCUCAGUCUUCAUCAGAAAAUCAAGACACAACCUGUGGUGUUACCUGAACAUGCUGACAUAUCAGAUGAUCUCAAAGAUUUGUUGCUGAAAAUGUUGGACAAGAAUCCAGAGACCAGGAUAUCAAUUGCACAGAUUAAGCUGCACCCAUGGGUGACAAGGCACGGUGCCGAGCCCCUCCCGCCAGAGGAUGACAACUGUUGUAUGCUAAUUGAGGUGACCGAGGAGGAGGUGGAGAAUUCAGUUAAACACAUCCCCAGCCUGGCUACAGUGAUCCUGGUGAGAACCAUGCUGAGGAAACGUUCCUUUGGGAACCCCUUUGAUUGGGGCCGUAAAGAGGACCGCAGCAGUUUGUGUGCUCCAGGGCAAACGCUCACGAAACAGGAGAGUGGUGAUGGCAUGAGGAGUAUGGACCUGCCCUACGUGGGAGAAGAUGAGGCUCUUUCCUGAUGCUGAGGGUUCAUUAUGCACUGCCUGCAACCAC